UAAGAUGGCGCUCCGGCCCGGAUCAGGGGGAGGUGGCAGUUUCAUGUACCCUGUUGGAGGGGGACUCGGACCACCACAAGGAAUGAUGCCCAUGCAGCAACAGCAGCAGCAACAGGGAUUUCCCAUGGUCCCGGUCAUGCAGCCAAACAUGCAAGGCAUGAUGGGAAUGAAUUUUGGAGCACAGAUGCCUACCGGACCGAUGCCCAUGCAGGGUGGCAUGGCCAUGGGGAUGCAGGCACCAGGCAUGCAGUUCAUGGGUCAACCCCAGUUCAUGGGAAUGAGGGCUGCGGGGCCACAGUACCCUGCCGACCUGCAGAAACAGAUGGCUGAGGAGCACCAAAAGCGCUUGGAGCAGCAGCAGCGCAUGCUGGAGGAAGAUCGCAAGAGGAGGCAGUUUGAAGAGCAGAAGCAGAAACUGCGUCUCCUGAGCAGCGUCAAACCCAAAACUGGAGAGAAGAGUCGAGAUGAUGCACUGGAAGCCAUAAAAGGGAAUUUAGAUGGCUUCAGCAGAGAUGCAAAGAUGCAUCCCACUCCAUCUUCUCAAUCUAAGAAACCAGACUCAUCACCAUCUCACUCCUCUGUCCCACCACACUCCCUCUCCCCUGCUUUCGCAGAGGAGGAUGAUGAAUUUAGUGACUUUAUACAAGGCCCUAAUGAGGCCUCCUUUCCCAGUUCCUCCCUCCCUCUGCCCUCCUCUUCCUCAGGUGUCAGUAGGUCACCUUUAGACACAGGACCUGGGCAGCGGCCCUCUUCCAGCCCUCUUUCCUUUUCCCUUGCUCCCUCUCUGCCCACACUCACUGUCCCUCACCACUCUUCUGUCAUCUCCAGCUCCCAAUCUACGUUCCAAGGCCCGUCUCUGGACGAGAAGCUCUUCUCCUCGUGCGAUCUAACAGCCGAUAAGAAGGCUCAGGUUAACUUUAAGCCCUGCCAGGUCAUGUCUGAACUGGCUCCCAGACCUCAAGUAUCAGUACGCUUCCAGAGUAGCUCCAAAGCUCGCAACUGGGCCAAGAGCGCCGAUGACCUCAGUGCUGCCUUCACUGUGGAGAAGACUCCUGAGCCUCCAGCUGCUUCCCCAGCUCCCACAGCAGCAGAAGCUCCGCUCCAUCAGUCAUCAAGUGCUAGUGCAGGUGUUGGUGUUUAUCCCCAACAAGAAAUGCAGUCCUUGUUGCCAGCCUGGCUCUACAACGACUCUCUUGUUCCAGAGAUGUUCAAGAAGGUUCUGGAGUUUACAAUGACUCCAGCAGGUAUCGACACAGCCAAACUUUACCCCAUCCUGAUGUCAUCGGGGCUGCCCCGAGAGGCUCUGGGUCAGAUCUGGGCCUCAGCCAAUCGUACCACACCGGGCAAGCUGACCAAGGAGGAGCUGUACACCGUGCUGGCCUUGAUCGGUGUAGCACAGAGUGGGCUUCCAGCGAUGAGCCUGGACAUCCUGAGUCAGUUCCCUACUCCUCCAGUGCCCAAUUUGCCUGCUUUGACUAUGACUAUGCCAACCGUUCUGACGCACCAGCAGCCCAUAAUGCCCCCUGCUACGCCUGCUGUCAUGCCCAUGGCCUCCAACUCACUGGCACAACCUUCCAACAGCUUCAUCGCCAACUUCCCUCCUGUCCAGGGAACCAAAGUGGAUGAUGAUGAUUUCCAGGACUUUCAGGAGGCUCCAAAAGCUGGAGAUGAUUCAUUCACAGAUUUCCAAGGAGAGACAGGUGGAGCAUUCCCCACCGUGACCUCCUCUCAAAGCAGCAUUCCAACCAUGCUGACUCCAGUGUCUGGCUCUUCAUCCUCUUCUACCUCUGAUAAGUAUGCAGUGUUUAAAAACCUGUCCGUGGAGCAUCCUACAGAAUCCACACCUCCUGUCUCAGACCUUGGAGACAAAUACAGUGUGUUCAGAGAGCUGGAGCAUCCAUCAGACAGAAAGCCACUUGGGGAAGGUUUUGCUGACUUCAAGUCCGUUGGUGCCGACGAUGGCUUCACCGACUUUAAAACGGCCAACAGCACUUCUCCACUAGACCCUCCAGACCAGGCCAAGACAUUCCAACCCGCUUCUUUUCCAAUUCCUUUCGGCCCCUCUCACUCUCAAUCCCAGACCCAGCCAGCAUCUCUGGCACAACCUAAAAACCCUCUAAACAUGUCAGACCUGGACCUCUUUUCCUCCAUUGUUCCACCUUCCACUGUCGACUCUAAAGCCCCAUCUUUUUCCAAUUCCUCCUCCUCUUCCUCCGCGGUGCCCUCGCUGCUCCUUCCGUCCACAGGCCCCAAACCAGAUGACUUUGGUGACUUUGCACUCUUUGGCUCCUCCUCCUCCUCAUCUUCUGCCUCUGAGGCAACUGCCUCAGCUCAGAGAGGAUCUGGGGGAGGAGGAACAGCGGCACAGGACGACUUUGCCGACUUCCUGUCGUUCGGUAACCCUGGGAAGCAGCCGAAUGAGAGCAGCAAGGAGAGCGAUGACUUUGCUGACUUUCAGUCGUCCAAAUUCCAAGAGAAAAGCUUGGUAGACAAAAUGGCGGCUUUCAAACAGGCCAAGGAGGACUCUGCUUCGGUUAAGUCAUUGGAUCUGCCCUCUAUUGGCGGCAGCAGCGUGGGAAAAGAUGACUCGGAGGACGCGCUCUCCGUGCAGCUGGACAUGAAGUUAUCAGACGUAGCCGGAGAGCUAAAGCAUGGUGCAUCUGACAGUUCAUUGGACCUGCCAGGCCUGAGCUCUCAUCAGCCCCCCGCCACAGGUUUCUGUUCUCUUUCAGAGGUUGACGAUCUCAAGUUCGAUCCUUUCGGGAAUUCCGGCAUCAGCGGCCUGACCGGCUGCGACUGGUCCGACAAAGACGACGCGCUGCCUGGCCAGGGCACGAAAGCCCUGGGAGUUCCUGUGUCUGGUCUCCCGUCCUCAGCCAUGCUUCACAAGAAGGAGACGCCGUUUGGAAGCUCGGAGAACAUCACGCACACCACACUUGAAAAAGUCACCACGUUCCCCAUCGAGGACGCAGGGUUUGCUGACUUUGCCGAUUUCAGCUCCGCCCAGCACACACCUAGAGAGGAAGAAGACUACGAUUUCGGUGACUUCGCCAGCACCGUUUCAGAAAAGUCCGACGCAGCUGAUCCGGGUCUCGAGGCCGCACAUCCCGAGGUGCCAGACGACUUUGGGGCUUUCCAGGCUGACAAGCCCAAGUUUGGCAAAUCGGACUUCCUCAAGGCAAGUGCUCAGCCGAAAGCAAAAUCCAGCGAGGAGAUGAUCAAGAAUGAGCUCGCCACAUUUGAUUUGUCCGUGCAAGGGUCCCAUAAGCGCAGCCACAGUCUAGGGGAGAAAGAGAUCUGCUCCACACCUUCUCCUGCUCCUGAGCAGCAGUUCCGCGAUCGCUCCAACACCUUGAGUGAGAAACCAGCACUGCCAGUCAUCCGGGACAAGUACAAAGACUUAACAGGAGAGGUUGAGGAGAGUGAGCGCUACGCAUAUGAAUGGCAGAGGUGCUUGGAGAGCGCUCUUCAGGUGAUCUCCACUGCCAACAACACCCUUAAUGGUAUCAGCAGUUCCACCGUGUGCACUGAGGUCAUCCAGUCCGCACGAGGCAUGGAGUACCUACUAGGUGUGGUGGAGGUGUAUCGUGUGGCCAGGCGAGUGGAGCUGGGCAUCAAGGCCACGGCCGUGUGCUCGGAGAAACUGCAGGAGCUGCUGAAAGACAUCAGCCGUGUGUGGAACAACCUCAUGGGCUUCAUGUCUCUGGCCAACCUCACGCCUGAUGAGAGCUCUCUGGACUUCUCCUCCUGUAUCCUGAGGCACGGCAUCAAGAAUGCAAAGGAGCUGGCUUGUGGAGUGUGUCUACUCAAUGUGGAUUCGCGCAGCAAGAAGAAAGAGGAGAACCCAUUUGGACGUCUGUUUAAAAAAGCACUGACAAAAGACGCAGGCACAAAGUUAACGGCCUUUAACUCCGAGACGGAUAACUUCAAACUGACGUACGGCGGACACCAGUACCACGCGAGCUGCGCUAAUUUCUGGAUUAACUGUGUAGAACCUAAGCCUCCUGGCCUGAUCCUCCCUGACCUGCUGUGAUUUCUCUGCUGCUGCGGAACCACUGACCUGCUUUUGAACGUUUCCUUCUUCUUAAUUUAUUGUUCUUUUUUUUUUUUUUUUUUUCUUUUCCCCCUCUAGCUUUUGCUUCUUCAGCUUGGCCUGUUACGGUACUCAGUGUUUUGUGAAUGUUUGCUGAUGGAUAAUUUAUUGACAUGUAUCUUUAACUUUUCUGUGUUUGUAUUUUUGAUUGUAUAUCCUCUUGAGGCGGGGGGCUGUCAGGCUUUUAACUACUGUAUGGGACAGAUAAAGAGAGCUGUGAUUGUCAGAUAAACAGAAGUGUAACAUAAUCUUUCGUUAAUUGCAGAAUGUGAAACAACCAUGAUUUACACUGUAGUAUUUAUUUAGGACACUUGUUCAAUAGAUCACGACUAUAUUAAAGAGUUAUGUAUAAUUCAGACAUCCUUUAGACAUUUAUAUAGAAAGGUAUUUUCCUCUUGCUCGUUCUCGUCAGGGCUGUGCUGUUGAUCAUGUUAAUGGAUGGAAAUGGAGGGUGUGGGCUUGUCUGAGAUGUAAUUAUAUACUUUUUUUUUUGUGGAUUUCAUAAAACAUCACAAGCAGACAUGACCGUUAAACGAGGCCUUUUACGAUGUUGAAAUGUGACAGCAUUUUGGAUGUGUAUUAUGUUUUUUUUUUUUAUCUUGAAGAAUGAUGAGAUGAUACUUCAAAAUGGCUUGUUCUUUUCUUUACCGUAGACAAAAAUUCAGCUUAUUUACAUCAAAUACUUUGAGUGUUAAUCCAUGGCUGAAGACAGUGAUGUCUCUUACAAUGUCUAUUAAAACGCUGUGUAUGAUUCCUACUACUGUUCCAUGGUUAUUUAUUAGAAUAUCCUAUCAGAUGUUUUCCACUCCAACAACUCAAGACAAUCGUGUGAAAUAAAAUGAGCUUUAUAAAAUAGUGAGGUUAAAAUGGAUCAAAUGUAAUUGGAUGAAAUAACAGCAAGAGUGCACCCAGUGGCAGAUGUUUUCAUUUUGGAGUGUACACGCACGUCUGCACGUUCCUUCCCCUCAGAUAGUAAUCACAGACAAGCAGUAGGUGUCCAGAUGUUUGCUAAUGACUUCAUCGACCUGUUUUCAGUCCUGUUCUGCUUUGCGGAGUUGUAGUGAUUAUUUUACUUCUGCAUGGGCGUAAGGAUUUCGUAGAUAGAUAAUGUUAAUGAUGCCAUAAGUGAAGAGUAUACCACAGCGCUGUUGAAUUCUCAAUUCUGAUUGGUCAGAAUGUUUGGUUUAGAAUGUUCUAUAUUUCUGCAUACACCUUAAAACAAUAGACAAGAUUUUCAAGAAGUCCUAAAAGUAGACAAAGAGGACAGAGUUAAACAAAUGAGAGAAAA